AUGGUGCGAGAGGAUGAUUUCGCGUGGCAAGUUAUCGUCGUGCAGACUCGAAGAGACCACACGGGCAUCACCAAACAACAGGAGCUACCGCUCCAGAUCACCAUCACCUACGGAGACGAGAAGGUUUCUACGCCUCUGGUGCGAGCGAGACAGCCGCUUUGGAACUUCUGGACCCAGCUGCCAGACAAGGGGGGGUCGGAGGGUAUGGUGUUUUCUCUUGUCGGCCGGGACAGCUCAACUGGGAAAAUUUCGGUGGAAGGAGAGGCGAGGCUCGAUCUUUCCAAGUUUCGGCGGAGUGGCCAGAGCUUCGAGCUAUGGGAGACGUUGCACCCGACGAAGGCGCGAGGGGUCUUGCCGAUGGUCGUUAAAUCCGCCCGCCCGGCUGAUUCCACAGCGGAGGUCCACCUCACCAUCACCUACUGCCCGAAUACCCAGAAGAAGGAUAUACCCGAUGGCGAAGAUACGGAUUGCCUGAUGUGCGCAACGUUUGCAACGUUCGGAUUAUCUCGAGGGUCGUGCUCGAUAUCGUAAGGGGCGCCGCGGUGUUGAUCACCAAGGGGGGGGGGUGCCGUCGCCUACCGGAUCGCUUGACCGGCGCACGGUUGCGGCUGCUGAUGUCCAGCCAGGCGUGCGCCAAGCGCGAAAAGGGCGGGCGGGAUGUGUAUGUAUCGCGAAAGGCGCGCCUAAGAACAGGGGCUCGGCGCUUAUCGCCCCCUCCUUUGUAAGGCCGGUUUGCCCCCCAAGCUCUCCUCGCCUCUUGUCCCUUCCCGGCCCGAUUCGGGUUUUUCAUCUUGGUCCGGGCAUGAGGGCGCGCAUGCGGUGUUUUUUGUUUAUCUGGCUUUGUGCAAACGCUUCUUCUGUGGCGUGUGCCAUUUUUCCAACCCCAUCUGGUUGGAGGUGGCAAUUUGGUGGGACCCCCAGAGAGGUAAAUAUACAUAAAGACAGCAAAGAAUGUAAUGGGAAAGAGAGGCGUGGGCUUCGCUUCGCUGCGGCAUGUAUGUCCAGUUGCCCUUGCGUCUGGUUUUCUUUCCUUCAGGCACACCUCCCUAGUCCUGCUCGACGGCGGUGGAUGGGCAUGCUUAGCCCAUGCUUGUAUUUUGAAGAAUUGUUGUACUAGGAGGGUGGGGGUGCGUGUUUAGUAUCUGGGGGGUUCGGGGGUCACCGUGUUUCAUUUUGGUGGGGUACGAGGGGAGGGGGGCACGAAAUCCACACUUAUACGUGAAAUUAAGUAGAGCCAUCGAUCGACAACACGAGAGAUGGUUGGUCGGCUUUAGUGACAUUGGCAAGCCUUUAGAGGCACGUUGCGGUAGCUCGCUGUCUGGAUGACGCCUAUCCUAGCCCUCCUAAGCGUAGGAGGUGCAGGCAGGAGAUAUUUCCGAAGGAGGAGCCCGGUAUUUUGUUGUCUACGCUGGUUGCUGACUGGAACUCGCAGGGAACCACGGCUACAGCGUACCGACUGCUUGUAAAUUUGUGCUUUCGUGGAAGUUUUUUGUUUUUGUUGAGUAGUGGAGCGCGACAUGUUUGUGAUCGUUUGGUAAGAGUGCUAUGGGACGGACCGCCUUGUGCCCUGAGGGGGAAAAGAUGGCGUUGCUCUUAAUCCGCUGGUCCGGUAUGUUUUCCGUGUGCGUGUUCCCACUAUUUUUUUGUCUAUUUUCUUUCUUUUCUUUCUCGUUGUUUCUUAGUAUUUGUACUGCGUGGUUUGGUUGUGGAAACACGACGAGGUGUACCGGUUGCUGUUUCAAUAGUGGUCCCUCCUACCGCGGUGUGGCGGUUUCCUUUUGCGCACGAGCAUGAAGGGUCCCAGUGAGUCCUGUUGCGUAUAGGGCUCUGGUGGUAUCUUGUGUAGGGGGGCGGUGAGACUUGGCUUUUGUGUGUGGAGGAAGGUGAGCCUUCGCCUUUGGGUUUGUCGGUGCCGCCGCCUCAUUUGCU